AUGGCCACUGAGGACAACAACCCAGAAGCCAUGGAUGGUCCAGCAUCCAAGAGGCUCAAGACAAGCCACGCCGAAGAAAAUGGUGUCACAAAUGGCAAUGCCGGAUCUGAUGGUGUUCAGGACUCUGGCUCAGCAGCGGCAUCUGGAGCACCCACGACUGAGCGCCGACGAGGAAUGGCCCCCAUCAAAGCCGAAUAUCUUGUCACGGCUCCUGGUGCAACUAAAAUGGAGGUCGAUGAUGAUGCCGCAGAAGCUGGACCUGUAGGCUCGAAUGAUCCAGUCACUGGCAAGCCAGACCCUCGAGGAGAGAAUGGUGGCCGCAGAUCAAAAGGCCGGAAGAAGCAAAACGGCCAAAACAAAGCUCGAGACUAUGGAUAUACCGCAGAUGCCAUAAAGCUCUGCAACAGUAGAGCUUUCAACAACGAGUUUUCUCCUAGGGAAUGCAAGUAUGGAGAGCGAUGCAACCUGUGCCAUGACUUGCGCAAGUAUCUCAAGGAGGGUCGCAGAGAGGACUUGGACACGAUGGGAGGUACCUGUUAUGUCUUUGAGACGCAUGGCAAGUGCCCCGCUGGCUGGAAAUGCCGCUUUGUCAAGAGUCACUCCAAGGAGAUCAAGUAUGAGGAUGGCAGGUCCGAGCUGAUUUUGGAGGGAGCGCCAGAUGAGUCUACCAGCAUGGGUGAAAAUGCCGACAAGAGACCAGGAAUUGUCAACGUGGCAACCAACGACCAGAAAUGGAGCCUCGCAAAGAAGAAGGCCGACCUUGCAAGGUCCGAGACGUACAUUGGCUGGCUGAACAAGGACAUGGACCGCACGCGAGAUCUUUACGGCUCAAAGAAUAGGACUGCCGAAGGUGGCCAAGAAGUGAUUGAGGAACGACGGGCUCAGUUUGUCGACCCACCCUUCAAGGCAUCCGAAAAGCGCAAAAUCUACUUUGGAAGGGAAACUCCAGUCCUCGCUCCUCUGACCACCCAGGGCAACCUACCAUUCCGCCGCUUGUGCAUUGAGCUGGGAGCUCAGGUCACAUACAGCGAGAUGGCUCUGGCAAUGCCAAUGGUGCAAGGUAACAACAGCGACUGGGCGCUGAUGAAAGCUCACGAGUCCGAAAUUGCACCGCCCCGGUUCUCUCCUUCCGAUAAUGUCGUCAAGGGCUAUGAUAACUCGAAGGAUCUGAAGUUUGGUGCUCAAAUAGCUGGCAACCAACCUUGGGUUGUGAUCAAAGCAACCGAGGCUCUUACGAAAUAUCUUCCUCAUUUGCGCGUGGUUGACAUUAACUGCGGCUGUCCUGUCGAUUCAGUGUUUCAGUCUGGCGCAGGAAGUGCACUUCUCGAUUCUCCAACGAAAUUAGAGCGCAUGAUUAGAGGCAUGAACGUGGUCUCGGGCGAGGUGCCCAUCACGGCCAAGAUUCGCAUGGGAGUCCGCGAUAACAAGCCCACGGCUUUCAGACUUGUAGAGCGCUUGGCUCUUGGUGACGAGGAUCUGCGCGACAGACUUGGUGCUCCUGGUUGUGCAGCAAUCACUUUGCAUGGCCGCAGCCGACAGCAGCGAUACACAAAGAGUGCUAACUGGUCCUACGUUGCUGAGUGUGCCACACUCAUCAAGUCCUAUAACCAAAAGCUUGCUGAUGUGACGGACACGGCCCAGGCCCCGGAUCCAAGUACACAACCAAACAAUGGCAAAAUGUACUUCCUCGGUAAUGGCGACUGUUACUCUCAUGUCGACUAUUUCAACCACGUUGAUAAUGCCAAGGUCGACUCGGUCAUGAUUGGCCGCGGCGCUCUGAUCAAGCCAUGGAUCUUUGAGGAAAUCGAAAAGGGACAAUAUCUCGACAAGUCUGCCUCUGAAAGACUCGAGUACGUUGAGAAAUUUUGCAAGUAUGGACUGGAGAACUGGGGCUCGGACGAGAUGGGAAUAGGCUUCACUCGGCGAUUCCUACUAGAGUGGCUCAGCUUUACGCACCGAUAUGUGCCUGUUGGUCUUCUCGAGUAUCUGCCACCCAGUCUCAACGAUCGGCCGCCUGCCUAUCGCGGACGUAAUGAUCUCGAGACGCUUCUGGCCAGUGACAACUACAAGGACUGGAUCAAGAUCAGCGAGAUGUUCUUGGGGCCUGCCCAUCCUGGCUUCAAGUUCCAGCCGAAGCACAAGUCGAACAGCUACGAGAUGGAAGCAGAGGGAUAG